AGACCGCCAACUUUAGCUGCUCGUAGUGAAUACACGUGAGAGGAUUGCUGUAGGACUGGCAGUUCCCGCUAGAAUAAUGAUAUUAGUAGUAUUUUUCGUUUUAUUUUGUGUGGUGUCAGAUGCUACGGUGCACAGAUUAAACGUGCCCAGAGUACUAUUGCCCGUAUUUAAUGAUUUUGCUGUGAAUUUCACGCUAGAAGUGACCGAUGGUGCUUGUUAUCAAUGGUCAACAUCUCGCGUAGAUAUCAUUCAGCUAAUUCCCAUAAACGAGAAUGUAGAGAGGACCUGUUCAUCGGCUAUUCUGAUUCAAACAAUAACAAGAGAGUCCAGUAGAAAUACUGCAAUAGUAUUGGCAGAGGAUGUGAAUACGGGACAGUUUUUAAGAUGCGACGUUAUAGUAGAUGCAAUCUUUUCUUUGAAUUUGGUUACAACUACAAGAGAAUUAUAUAUAGAAGAAGCACCAGAAGCAUUUGAAGUAAGAGCUUAUGAUGAACAAGGAAAUGAAUUCACAACUCUAGCUGGAGUCGAAUUCCUCUGGACCAUAGAAAAUGCUGACAAACGGAUCUCCGAUGUUAAAGUUGCAAGCAAUAUUUUAAGAUUCAUGACUUACCAGGAGUCACAGUAUGAAACACCUCCAACCGUUGCUGCUUUAGAUGCAGUUGGCAAGAAGGGGCAUAUCGUACUAUUGGAAGGAAUAAAAACUGGUACUGCGAAAGUGUCAGUGAAAUUACCAUAUCCAGAAUACAAACAUGUACCACCAAUAGAAGUAGAACUGAUUGUCAUAGCUAAUUUAAUUAUCAUUCCAUCGGACAUAACGGUAAUGGCACACGAUAGCUUUAAAUACAAAAUAAUGCAAGCUCGUCAGGGACGCUUAGAAGAAAUAAGCUUACCAUCCAGUCAGUAUUAUUUAGAAGCUGAGAAUCCAGAUAUACUAGAAAUCGACAAUGAUCACGAUUGCGCUUAUGCUCGAUCCUUAGGGCGCACCAAAGUCUUUUUGCAUGACAAAAACGUCCGCGAUGAAUAUCCUGUUAUUCUGCCAUCCGCUACAGUUACUGUGAACUAUGUAGCCUACAUUACUCUUGCAGUUUUACCUAACAGAAAUUGGGGCUUGAUUCUUGGCCACACUCACGAGAUCGUAGUUGAAUUGUACGACAGCAAAGACCAUAAGUUUCAUAUCGGAGAAGGUGUGGAGGUAUCGAUGAAGAUAGAUGAACAGCACUUCGACACGAAUUUAAUAACUCAAAAUGGCACUUACGCUGUCGGUGUACCCAUUAUGUGUGGGACAAUGACUAUCGAAGCUACACUUUAUGGUAUAAUUGAUAAGCACGGCAAAAAGAUCUCGCUCGCGGCGCAUCCAACUACAAGAGCUGAACUUUUGAUUCACACUCCGGUUAUUAUUCAGCCUAAAAUAUUGGCUGUUCCAUGGGACUUCAAAGCUAAAUCACGUUACGACAUUGUAUUAAAAGCGAGCGGAGGUGAUGGAUCAUAUGUAUGGUCAAGCAGACAUCCGUCUACAGUGACAGUAUCUCAAAACGGAGGAAUUAGAAUUUUAGCAGCGGGAGCUACGGAAAUAAGCGUCGCAAUGACACGGAAUCAAUACAAUAAAGAUACAGCAAAGGUAUACGUUCUCCCACCGUCAAAAUUGAAAGUGGUGGAGUACAAUAUGGAAGCAGCAGUAGGAGAACCGAUUUAUCUUCAUAUUGCGUUAUAUGGAAAACUAAUCAAUGAAACAGACUCCAAAGAGAUACCUUUUAGCGACUGUGGAGAUAUUCAUUUUGAAACAUACAUUCCGGAUGGUAAUUUUAAACAGAAUAGCAGUAAACUUGUAGACCCCGUAAGCACCGCGUGUGCUGUAAUAGCAGUCACAAGUAUGGAUGUUGGCACGUCUGAAAUAACGGUAGUAUAUAACGCUAAUGGUCAAUAUUUAACCGAUAACAUCACCGUAUCGGCCUAUGAACCUUUGGAAGUGGUACAUCCGAAUAGAAGAGAAACUUUACUGGCUGUGGGCUCUUCGAGGAAAAUUAUUUUCAAAGGCGGACCUCAUCCAUGGUCUGACAAACCUCAGAGUUAUCUACGGAAAGUCGAGGUGUCCGAAAACAAAAUUAUUGAUGUUACAGAAUACGGUGAUUCUGUGGGUGGGUUGUACAAGGUAUCGGUAAUCGAAGUAACGUGCAAAGCUCUGGGUGAUGUGGUUUUAACUUAUACGAUCUCGAACGUUCCUUUGCUGCCGAAUUGUAAAAGUACAUUCGCAACACAAACGGUGCGAGUUAUUUGUGGUAAACCGAGACAUAUUUAUCUGCAGCCAGAAUUUGAAAACAGUAAAAAUUGUCCUAUCAGUCUCAAUACCGAAAGAAUAAUGGCACAUAGCGAUAAAAGCUUGAAACUGAUCACUAUCGUGAAAGACGAAGAGGGUAGGAUUUUCGAUAACAUUACCAGCUUACAGAUUGACUGGAACUUGAAGCCCACAUCUAUAGGUUCUGUAGAGAUGUCUUCCGGUUCGAUAGAAGAGACGUUCACGGACAUGAACGUGGUUUUACCAAAGCACUACUACCAAAAUGUUAAUUUUAAAAAGCAUUCUGGCUCUCUUGCAUUAACAGCUACUGUUACGGGCUACCAGAAGUACAUUCUGAGCAAGUUGAAGAUCAUCCCUGAGUGGUCACCCUUUGCAACCGAGACUGAAAAAAAGAUCUACCAUCGUAUACAAGCAUCCAUAGAAAUAGUUUUAGUUAAUGAUACUAGUAUCAAUCCUAACAGGUUGAUGGUAUUGAACGAUCCCAGCGCAAAGUAUUAUCUACAGGUCAGUCAAGGUUCUGGUUACUAUGAAUUUGUAUUAAGCGCUGACGACAUAGCAGAUAUUCGCUACUUAGAGUCAACUAAAGCAAUUAGCAUUGCUCCAAAGAAAUCGGGAGUAUUGAAUUUGGCCUUGGUCGAUCUAUGUUUGCCGUCGAAAUCGGCCGAGGCUAUUAUCGAAGUGCAGCAGCUUGCAGUCAUAGAAAUAGAGACAGUCAACAAAAUUGAGAAAGGAAAGUGCAUUGUGGCUGCAUUGGAACUUUAUGACACAAACGGUCACAUCAUAAAAUUACCAUCUUUAAAUGCUCUGGAAUUUAAAGCAGAGAUUGACAACGAAUGUAUAGAAAUUAAACAAUUGCCUGCUAGUGAACACGGUAACCCUCCUUAUAGCCGACUGUUGUAUAUGAUAUAUGGCAUGGCAGAAGGAGAAUCACAAUUAACUUUUGUGAGUAAAGGGGGCGACAGAGAAAUACAGAGUGAAUCUGCAACUAUUCAAGUUUUCCUUCCUUUGAGAGUUUUUCCAAAGAAUUUAACGAUUCUAGUAGGAACUGUUUAUCAAGUCCAGACCACUGGAGGUCCUUCGAAUGCAGAGGUUGAGUUUUCUACGAAAAGUAAUGAUAUUUUGAGCGUCGAUCGUUACGGCAUAUUCGAGGGGAAGGCAGUUGGUCAGUCAAAACUUAUUGUUAGGGCCAUUGGACUCAAUGCUAAAGGAAACAAAGUCAUCUACUCUGAAGAUUAUGCCGACAUACACGUGUUGUACCUCGAAGGCGUAAAAAUUGUUGUGCCGACAAGUAGAAUCAAAGUUGGUGCAACGUUUCCUCUUUGGGCUUUCGGAAUCCCGGAAUAUUUAACGCCGCUCAUUAUAGGCUCUAUGCAACUUCCAUUGAUCUUUAUGUGGUCUUCCAGUGACUCUAAUUUGAUCACUUUACACAACAUGUACGAGGGGACUGGUAUUAAUAUCAGAUACCAAAAUGAAGUAUCUUUGCGAGCCAAGGCAGUUGGACCAGGACUGGCGACCAUUUAUUUAAAUGUUACAAUGCCCUCUAAUAUAUUAGCAGGCUUUAAAAAUGACAUAACGUUUACUACAUUUGUUAAGGUUGAAAUUUUUGAAGAGUUGCGUUUAACAUAUCCAGGAUUGCCUUCAAGUGUACCGGUGAUAUUAAUGUCUCCCAAUUCUGUUUUAAAACUUCAAACGAACCGUGAUAGACAUGGCUCAACUACCUAUAAGGUACUGUCGACCCUGCAUGGAAAUGACUCGGAAGACACUCAUGUAACACCAGCAUCGAAGACUGUGGUUGUUGACAAAGAUGGUGUUGUAAAAGCCGGUGAAAACUCCGGAAAAAUAGUUAUCUCUGUCACAAACACAGAGGCCUACAACUUAAAACAGUCGAUGAUUAUUAUCGUUGAAAUCAAACCGGUUCACUACAUGAUGUUGUCGUUGAAGACGAUUCUGCGAAUUCGAAAUGGAGAAGAGUUAAAUAUGUUGCCCAAGGGUAUGGCACUGGACUACGCACUAGAAUAUUAUGAUAAUGUCGGGACUAAAUUUCACGCUGCAGCUGUAAAUGCUAAAACAAUGCUGAAUCGCGCCGAUCUAACCUCAUUUACUAUAAACACUAAAAACGUGGUCUCUGCUAAAUUCAUUGAAAAUGGAGACCUCGUUGUGAAGGCGUUCAAUGAAAAAUAUCCCAAUGGAAUGUUCGAUUAUGUACACAUGAUGAUUGGAGACAUAGUCUUCCCAACAAAGACAACGCUAACCGUAGGUGACAUAGUGUGUUUCUCGAUGCCACUUUUAUCUUCUGACGGAGAUCCUGGUUAUUGGCAAUCCUCCGCUCCUGAUGUUUUGACUGUUGAUCCUAUUACAGGAAUAGGAAGAGCAAAGAAUUUGGGCUAUGCAAUUGUAAAACACAGUCUUGCGACUCAUAUGCAAGGUGAAAUUGAAGUCAAUAUUCAACCUAUCGCAAAGGUAUCCAUUGUUCCAUUGAGGGGUCGAAAUAUCACGGGAAUUGAAACAUUCAGCGUUCCUCUUGUUCUCAAGAGUAAGGACGAGCAAGUUAAAGAGAACAAUGUAUUGUCCAGAGGUCUAGGCGGUUGUAGAACAUUUACUUCGUUUGGAUUGAAUUCAUUUCCUUACACAUGUAAUGUGCAACUGGUUUCACCCACUUCAUCUGUGGGAGUGAAGGACUUGUUUCUUGUUAAACCACGGUUCGAUAUUUCAACUGGCUUUUAUUACUGCGAUGUAAUACCUAUGGGCUCACCAAACAUAAUUUCCAGCACAUUCGAAAGUCGCAUUCAAAUAAGCGCUCAAAGUAAGGACAUCGAAGCUACUCCAUUAGAAGUAGCAUAUCUACCACCAGUCUAUAUAGAUGCUAAAGAAAUUAUUUUUAUCAAUACUCAUUCUCAAACGAUUCCAACUGCUACACUUGAAAUCUAUGGCCUGCAGUCUGUUCUAGAUCAUCUCACGAUCGAUGUGCCCAAUGGAAUGACCGUGUCUGCACGGCAGUAUAUUUCAAAGUCAACAAUGCAGUAUAAAUUACGGUUAAUGCAUAAUCAUGAUGAAAUUCAAGGUCAAAAAGUUAUCGUCGCAAAUGAUGUGACGAAACAGAAUAUAUCUCUUUUCGUACGCGUUACAAAAUACGAAAAUUUCAUACCUCUGUCUGGAAUUCAUUGGGUGGAUUACAUGUAUUUCCAUCGUUACACUUUCGGAACGUUUGCAGUCGUUGUAAUAACUUGUUUUUAUAUAUGGAAGAAUAAAAUGGCGAAUAUUGAUUUAAAUAUAAAGAAUAGGACAGUUUUCGCUGACAAAUGUCCUCCACAAUUAAAGAAAACUAGUACCCCUUGUUCGACUACAAUGAAUAGUACAAAUAUGUCUACCCCGCGAACUCCCAUAACACCAAUAAGACAGUUUUCGGCGUUUGAUCCGGUUUAUGGCGAUCCUCGUGGUUUUUACUCAGCAAGCAAACGAAAUAGAUCAUUAAACACAUAAUUAAAAGUGAUAAGGUAUCAUCUUUAAUGUGAAGGUACAUAGUACUUACAACUAAACUGUUGGGUACUCACUAGUUUCAUUUUGAAACAAAUAUUUGAUUGUCAGAAACUGGUGCCUUAAUUGAUUGCCAUUGCAACUCAUUUUCAUUACGAAACCAAUUGAAGACUUAAAGAGAAGUUUGUUACAUUUAGCGAUGAUACAAAUAGAUACUAACUUACGGACACAUAAGGACAUGUACAUUCUGUAAUAUAGAAUCUUAAGUUAUACAAUUUUAUACUUUGAUAGAAAAACUGACACAGGAUUUUAAUGCAGGUAUGUUUCUAGGAUGCGUUCGAUUAUAUUUUGUUUAGAAAUUUGAGGUAUAUGGUUCCUAGUCAUAUAGCUGAUAAUUUACGUGAUCACAAUGAUACUAUAAAUUUACUUACAUAGUACACAUGCUUUCAUGUGUUAAUACAAAUAUAGUAACUACAUUGCUUUUUUUAUAUAUAUAUGUAUAUUUUAUUAUAAUUUGUCUUUUAUUAUAAGUAAUUAAUUUUCCAUAUAUUUUGUUAUAAACGGUCAUUUCAGCGUAAAUAUGAUUUCCACUUAUAUAUUAAGAUAGAUGUAGACAAUCUUGUGUAAGUACAACUGUAUGAACAAUGUAUAUUAUACACUGUAAAAAUUAAAAGCGUUUUAUAGUACAAUUUA